AUGUCCAGCAACGGCGCCAUCAACAUCGCCACCAACACCCGCACAGGCAGCGCGAGGGUCGUGUUCUCGACCAAGGACCUGGACAACGGCGCCCAGUGGCACGCGUCCAUGAUCGACAAGAUGAUGAUGCACAGGGACUGGCCCAAGGUGUACGACAUGUGGAAGCCGUGGAACUCAUCCAGUGGCGGGAUCGAGGUGACGGGCACGCAGCAGGUCAGGCGGGUGAUCGUGAUGAUGACCGCGAACGGGUUUACGGGGGCCUUCGAGCCUCUCGCCUCCGCGCAGAUCGUCGUGUACAGGGCCGCGCAGAUCGUCGUGUACAGGGCCAAGAACCCGGACGUGGUCCCGACCGGAGGUUAG